AAGCAGAGUCAUGUAUUUGAUAGGCAGAAUCUCAAACAUUAUCUCCAUCUUUUCUAAAUCCCCUGCUCCAUUCACUCUACUUUCUCUCCUCUAUAUCUGUCUCUCUCUUGCUCGCUCUAAUACUUUCUACUUUACUCUUCUAAACCCCAAGGUCUCUUAAACACCCCUGGAUGUGCUUAGUUCUUGAAUCUUUUAUAUAAACAAGGAUGAAGAUACAGUGUGAUGUAUGUGAGAAAGCACCAGCAACUCUGAUAUGCUGUGCAGACGAGGCAGCCCUUUGUGCUAAGUGUGAUGUUGAGGUUCAUGCAGCAAACAAGCUUGCAAGCAAACACCACAGGCUGCUUCUUCAAAAUCUCUCCAACAAGCUCCCUCCCUGUGAUAUUUGUCAAGAAAAACCAGCUUUCAUAUUCUGCGUUGAAGACAGAGCUUUGUUUUGUCAAGAUUGUGAUGAACCAAUUCAUUCGGCUGGUAGCCUAGCUGCAAACCACCAGAGAUUUUUAGCAACCGGGAUCCAAGUAGCCCUAAAGUCCAAAGUCCCGGAUGAGGUUGAGACAACGCAGCUGGAGCCGCCUCCACCGAGUAAGAAAGCACAGCAAAUUGCAACAAAAACACCUGCACAACAAUCUUCCAGUAUCAAUUCACCAACAUGGGAAUUCGAUGACUUGCUACAUUUCUCAGAUUUUGAUUCCUCUGACAAGAAAGAGCAACUUGAAUUCGGGGAGCUCGACUGGUUCACGGGCAUUGGUGCUUUUGGUGAACAAGUUGCUCAGAAGGCCUCAGAAGCAGCUGAAGUUCCUCAGCUUCCAUCAUAUCAGUUGAGCAAUAGCAACUCGUACUGGCCAACCAAGUACUACAUGCCAUCUUCCAAGAAGCCUAGACUUGAAUUUCAAGAUGACGACGAUGAUGGACAUUUUACGGUGCCUGAUCUUGGUUAAGUUGACAUCUCCAGCACUAUGUCAUGCAUGAUGAUAGUCCUUUUUAAACCCUUGAUUUUAAAUAUAAUUCGGCUUCUUCAAGCUCUCAAGUACAUUUUAAGAUGUUAUGGAUAUAAUGUAUACACUGAAUAAUAAGUAUUGGUGUACACAUGUAUACAUACAUGCAUUAUGUGAGCUAUCUAUACAUUUAGCAAAAGGAUCUUUGUUGCAGGGGUAAUAAUUUGGCUGGACACCUUAUGUGUGCAUCACUGUUUCAUACUUGUAUUUAAAUGUAAGCAUCAAUUAUCCUCUUAUUUACAGUUCAAAAUGUUAUGUA